GAGGAGGAGGAAAAAAAAACUUAAGUCACGCCCGAUGAUUGAGACACGAGACAACAUGGCGACGAGCAGCUGAAUAGUCAAAUUGCAUCAUAUUUUUAACGUUUUCCGGCAAGAUGUCGCGGCACAGGGACGUGAGGAACCUGGACUACGACGAGGAAUAUGACGAGGCCUGCGACGACAAUGUUUACGGACACUCGGUUGACGACAGCGAGUAUGGGGUGUCUCCGGGCAUGGAGCAAUACCUGUACAGCCGGAGCCGGGAGAACGCUCACGGCUUCGGACUUUACUUCUCUACCUCGGAUGACAUCAAAGAGGAGGAGGAGACCAUGGACGGGACCAAGCCGCCAGGGGAGGACCGCAGCCGCCAUGACUCCGCCUCGAGCUAUGAGAAGCCGCCACUCUCCCCGGAGGACGAGGUACGUCUGGCCUCUGUACUGGACGAGCUCCGUAACAUCCUCGGAGACAAAUACAGUGAAGGGGAGCUCACCCAAACCGUCCUGGUCCACAACUUCCACCUGGAGUCCGCCCUAAACGCCCUCUUGAAUCGUUCCGCCUCCGCAGCCUCCGCCUCCCCCGCCUCUCCGCUCUCCUCCGCCCCUCCUGUCUUCCCCUCCGUGCGCUCCUCCUCCUCCUCCUCCUCCACCUCGGCCAUUCCAAUGAGUUCUUCCAAGGUGUCGUCAGAUCCUUUGCCACAGAGGGAGAAGAGGAACAGGAACAGAGGUCCCCCCACCCCCCCAACCGAGGGCAUCCAGCAGCUCACCCUGACCCACAACCACGGGCCGCCACGCACCCCUUCAGCCGCCGCUCCGCCCCCACCAGCCGCCGCCGCAGCCGCCACUCCCCGCGCCCCGCCGGUGGUCGUCAGCCGGGGCGCGUCGGUGACCCCAAAGGUGGUCCGGGGCUUUGAGGUGACAGACGGCAUGGCGGUCACCCCGGAUGGCAGCCAGUUAGCCGCCACCGCCGAUCUGGAGCCGAACAGUAAGAGGAGUCGUUCCAGUACCCCAGUCCAGGCCGCCGGGAACGGAGCAGGAGCAGCCGCCACCGCCACGCCCAACGCUGCCGCCAAGGCCCCGACCAAGAUCCGGGACAAGGCAGUGGAUGUUUUAGCGGAGUACCAGCGGCUGCGUGGGGCGGAGCAGAACCUCUUGAACUUGGUGGUGGUGGGCCAUGUGGAUGCUGGGAAGUCCACAUUGAUGGGACACCUCCUCUACCUCAGGGGUACCGUUGCCCAGCGCACCAUGCACAAGUAUGAACAGGAGAGCCGCAAGCUGGGCAAGCAGUCCUUCAUGUACGCCUGGGUCCUCGACGACACCGAGGAGGAGAGGUCCCGCGGCAUCACCGUUGACGUGGCCCAGCGCGUCUUCACCACCGGGCAGCGCACAGUGACCCUCCUGGACGCGCCCGGCCAUCGCGACUUUAUUCCGAAUAUGAUCACGGGCGCUGCGAGGGCCGACGCUGCUGUGUUGGCCGUUGACGCUUCCACUGGGGCGUUUGAGGCGGGGUUUGACAGUGGAGGACAGACCAGGGAACACGCGCUGCUGGUCAGGUCCCUCGGCGUGUCCCAGCUUGUCGUGGCGGUCAACAAGCUGGACACAACCGAUUGGAGCGAGGAGCGGAUGAAGGAAGUCCGCCACAGCAUCCGCCAGUUCCUGAAGGGGGUCGGAUUCAAGGACGCGGAUGUGACCUAUGUCCCUUGCUCUGGGCUGACGGGUGAGAAUUUGGUCGAGAGGUCACCUGGCGGCGCCCUGGAUUCCUGGUACAGCGGCCCAACCCUCCUGGAAGCCAUUGACACGCUGAAGGUCCCUGUGCGCGCCGUGGAGAAGCCUGUGCGCAUGUGCGUCUGCGAUGUGUACAAGGGGCAGGGCGCGUACAUGUGCGUUUCGGGCAGGCUGGACGCAGGCUAUUUACAGGCCAAUGACAGGCUGCUGCUGUUGCCUCAAGGGGACAUUGUAGGCCUAAAAGCCGUACAAACAGACACACAAACAGACAACCCCAGUGUGGCCUUUGCUGGCGACCACGUGACCUUGACCCUGAGCGGCGUUGACCCUGCGGCCCUUCAUGUGGGGGACUUCCUCUGUGACCCCAUGCACCCCAUACCUCUGACCUCCAGGAUACAGGCGCGGAUUGUGGUCUUCAACAUCACCGUUCCGCUGAUCAAGGGAGCGCAGCUGGACUUCCACUACCAGUCCGUCACCGAGCCGGCCAGCAUCCGCAAACUGGUCUCACAGCUCCACAAGACCACUGGGCAGACCCUUAAAGCCAGGCCACGCGCGCUGCCCAAAAACUCGGCCGCCCUCGUGGAGUUAGAACUGUCGCGCUCGCUGUGUCUGGAGCUAUUCCGGGACUUCAGGGAGAUGGGACGGUUCAUGCUGCGGGCUGGGGGGUCUACAGUAGCGGCCGGACUCGUUACUAAGAUUCUGGCCUAGGCGGAGACGGAGCAGCCAGUCAACAUAUAUUUAACCUUCGCUGUGUUGCUGUUUCCCGGGUGUGUUGAGAGCUCCUGCAACACUGGCGGACAUGGGAAGCCUGGUGUGGGGGUGUACAUGUGUGUGGAGGUCAGGUUAAGUUAAGUUAGGGGUCAGUAUUGCCAGCUAGGACAUUCAGGGUUUGUGUGUGAGAGAGAGAGAGAGAGAGAGAGAGAGAGAGAGAGAGAGAGAGAGAGAGAGAGAGAGAGAA